CAAGAACGACUGAUUUUGUGGCCAAGCGAUAAGAAGAUCAUCGUAAAACGAGCUUUGGAACCGUAAGGGCGCAGUGAGCGAAUAUUGCCAAGUGAUGUGUCCACCACAAAACAAUUGCUCCUUGAACUCGAUUAAGGACUCUUUUCAAAAGCCAUCCACUUCCUAAAACUAUAAAAAAAUUGAUUCAUGAAAAACACUGAACACACACGAACAUUAACACGCUCAAAUACAAUACAAUUCAUUGUAGGGAAAGCGCGCAAAUGUGGGAAGAGCGUGAUUUUAAACACAGACACACUCACACGCAGCACGAGCACAGCUGUUGGUGUUGUUUAAUUUAAAAAAGAAGAAAGAUAUUUGCGCGGAACUCAGUUGUGCGCUAAACUUUGCAAUCGUCGGGCCAGACCAGUUUCACCAGCUGAUCGAGAGAAAUGGAAUCGUCAGCGCUUACAUCUGUGGUCCUGCUGGUGCUGCUCGCCAUUCUCGCUGGAGGGGAGGCGGCACUUCCGUAUCGCUCUUCAUCGUAUCACUAUAAUCAGCAGUUCUGCAUGGACACACAGACCGGUCGCCAUCUGUAUGUUGGUGAGGUUUUCACACGCCUGGGCCUAUGCAUAAGGGUUCAGUGCCUGGGCACUCUGCAGCUCUGGGAAGACAGUUGUUUGGUGCCGAGCUCCAUCAAGGGCGACUGCCGGCCCGUUCCGCCAACAGAGACUAAUCUUGAAUACCCCAGGUGCUGUCCGCUGUACGAAUGCAAGACAUACGAGUCGAAUGCGGAAGGAACAUUGGAACAAACCAAUACUUACGACCACAAUGGCUCGCUGCGCAAGUCGCACCUUACGGAAGUGAUAGUAAUAAACAAAAAGCAGCGGCUAGAUCCGCAGGAAACUCGUUCCGAUACGUAAAAACUAUGUGUAGGCUGCGCAGCCUAGCUUUUUUGCUUAUAAUUGUAAUUAAUAUUGUGAUUGUGUGGAAUUAGACCCUAGUUAGUUGUAGUUUCAGCUGUUGCGUUGCGUUUUGAUGAAAGGAAAUCAAUAAAACGAAGGAAAUGUGUACCAUA